AUGGGUUCUGAUAACAAGUUCUUCAAUCUCUCUGAAGUCUCUGUGCAUAACAACGCCAAAGACUGUUGGGUGAUUAUCGAUGCCAAGGUAUACGAUGUGACAAAUUUCUUGGCAGAUCAUCCUGGUGGUGAUGAGAUCUUGUUGGCAGCCGCAGGCAAGGAUGCAAGUGAAGAAUUUGAGGAUGCGGGUCAUGGUAGUGCUGCAAGGUUAAUGUUGGACGAAUUCUAUGUUGGAGAGGCUAAUUCAUCGACCAUCCCGAAAGCCACCCCCUACAAGCCUUCAAAGCAACCUAAACAAAUACACAACGAUGAGGAGAAGUCAUCCAAUCUCAUCAUCAAGCCUCUGAAAUUCCUCCUACCUUUUGCAAUCUUGGGUUUGGCUUUUAGCAUUCAUUUCUACAUAAGAUGA